AUGGAGACGCAGCCGAUAUGUGAGAGUCACCGGAAGCCAGCAAAGUUUUGUGUAGUUAAAGACAUGCUGAAAAAGUCUUAUGGGCGGCCGUAUUUUACGCGUGCAAGUCGGGAGAAUCCUUGUUCCUUAUGGAUGUGGGCAGACGAGAAAGAAAUCGAGAAACCCAACUGCUAUCACAACGAACCGUGUGCCAUGAAGCGAGUCAAGAAACAAGGUCCCAAUGCGGGUAAAAGGUUCUUCUGUUGCUGCAACGAAAACCGGUGUGAUUAUUUUGGAUGGUGUCCUGAGGAAUUGCCAAAACAGCCUGAUGCCAUGGCAUCUUUUGUACCGUUGUUUUACAAUCGUUAUUAUCCAGAUGUUCAGCAGAACUGA